AUGCCAAAUUUUACAAUAAACUCACCAGAUGAGACAUCUUGUCCUGAUCUCAACAAAAUUAAUAUCAAAAUUGAUAUGAAUGAUAAAACGAGGCAUUUAUUAUCUCAACAUAUAAAACAGCUUCAGGAAUUUCGACAGAGCCAACAAAUUGGGUAUCAAUUUCCCACUCAACAGCAAAACCAAGAAACACAUUUUAGAAUGCAGCAAUUCAACAACACAUACGCGCAAGUUCAAGCCGUAGGAAUGUACAAAACUAAAAACUGGCCUAGGGGUCAUAACACAGUGGCUGCAAGUGUACAAGUCCCCACACUGCAACAGAUUACACCUGAUCAGAGUCACCAUACAGGAUUUUUGCAAGCUGUACCCCGCCCAAAAGGUCAAACCAGGCGCCCACAUUAUCUUGAAGACUUUUCAGGCAACAACAACAAUUAUAAUAAUUAA